AUGGUCCUGGACUUCGUGGCGGGGCUUUGGAAGGAUGCACCCGCUGUGACAAGAGCGCUGACUGCCGUGCCACUGCUUCUGCACGUGGCUGGACACUUCUGGGGGCAGCUGGCUCUUCUGAACCUUUCAUUGCUGUCCUUCAGGUACGGAUGUUUCUGGGGCGUGCUGACUUCUGCCGUCUGGGAGCCUCCGGGCGGCUUGCUGCAGAGCCUCUUCAGCCUCCUCAUCGCCUUCUGGGUGCUAUCCCAACUUCCGCGUGUUGAGAGAGCCCUUGGCUCUGCCAAGCUCCUGCUGGCUGCUGCCAUGGCCGCUGUGGCCAUCAACCUCCUCUUCUUGCUGAUGGCCUUCCUUCUUGACUGGCUAAGCCAGCUCAAGGGCCAGGCCUCCGUGUGGCCCUUCGUUAAGAGCAGCGGUCUGAUCCCGUUGGCGAUCUAUGGGUUGACUGUGCAGAGCCUUCAGGCAGGGGAGGCGGAGACCACUUUCUUUGGCAUACCCAUGAAGGCAAAGUACUACCCAAUGGUUUUGGUUGGCCUCUUCACACUCCUGAGUGGCCCAGCAGUGCUGCCUGACAUCGCGGCACUGGCCAUGGGGUAUCUGCAUAGCCGCGCCCACCUGGAUGCCAUGCUCCCCUCCGAUGGCAAGUUGCAGAGUUUCUCAAAGAGCGAGCCACUCGCCGCCGCGCAGUGCAGAGGAAGAGCUGACGAGUCACGUGGCCAGCACUUCACAGGCUUGCGCAGCUCCCUUGCGGGUGCAACUCCUGUGGACUUGACAACGGGGACUGCUAGAAGCUCGACAUGUAGGCUCCGGCGAAAGGACUGCGGCCACGAGGAAUUUAAGUUUGUUCCCUUCGAGGCUGCGCUGGAGGCACGCGUGCUGCGGCCGCUGCAGCAGAUUGCGGAAAUGGCAGCGAGGCCGAUCCUCUGGCGGGUCCUACAAGACGAGAAUGGAUUGCUGCAGCAUUUGGCUGCCAUUCGACUGGUGGCAUUCCUUGAUCGUGAGCCUGCAGUGAGCAUGCUCGUGAAACGGCUGUACCGGAAGCUACAAGGCUACCAGCGUGGCUUUGCAGGCGUGCCAGCAGAGGAGCUUUCUCUGCUUGCCGUCGAGCUUCGUUCUGCACUUGUGGAGGGCUUGGAGUCCCUGGCUGGAUCGCAUCCGCAGCAGAUUCGAAGCGACCCGUUCGCACCCAAAGGCAAGCUGCAGGUGCGUGUGGUGGCGCAGCUUUGCUUGCAGAACCUGUCCAUGGACCUGUCCAAGGGGCCUGGCCUCAGCACCGAUCCUUUCGCCUUGCUCGGCCAGCUGAAGCUGGACUACCAGUCGCCAGCGCCGCUGCCAGAUAUUCUGGACACCACUGCGCUGGAAGGAUACUCGGCCGUUUGGGCGCUUCUGCUUCGGCUUCGCUGUGGGAGCCAGGCGCUGCAAGAGGUCCACCAGCUUCCUCUCUUCGGCUUCGGCGGCCGCGGUGUUCAGCGCACACCCCUUGCAGCCCUUCAGCGAAAGGUGGACCUGCUCCGUGCCGAACUCGGGCCUUGA